UAAAGAAUAUUUUUAUACUUACCUGUACUCGUUGUUGUCUGGUCAUUGGGUUGGUUUUGGGGACCUCCUCGAGGUGGAAGUUUAGAAGGGGCGUGGCUUAAACACUAGCAGCCAGCCCCUGGCUUGUGACAUAUACAUGCAAAUGUUUCUUAAAUACAAACAUUAAUGAGUGUGUAUUUAUGUACUGUAUAUAAAAUAAUUACACACAGUGCACACACAUACAUUAUGCAAAAAACUUUUAUUUUGUAUGCCAUUAUUUGCAAUUAAUCUUUUGACAGCCCUAAAAUAAAUUGAAUUUUUGUGAGGGAACCAGUAAUCCCUGCCGCACUCUAUUUGCUGAGAGACAGCAGUCUGGAGGUUUAAUAAAAAAAAAUACAUAAAUAAAAAAAUCACAAGGUCAAAAAAAUUGAGAGUCAGCAGCUUUCCCGCGAGUGGGCGUGGUUUCCGCAUCGACAAAGACACGCCCCCAGCAUUUGAGAGCUGAAAAUCCUGCCUGUUUUUCCACGAUUCUGAUAACUUAUUUUAUACUUGCCGUUUUUUUAUCAUUCAAAUUUGGCUGGGUGGUUAAUUUCACAUUUCUCUGAGGUGUGAUAAACAGAGAACACAUUUAAUAUCAGACUAUACAUGGACAAGUGCUCCUGAGAUGUGUGGUAGGGAUUUCACCUCUUCUAAGGAUUUAGUGUACAGCAACAGAUGUCAGCAGUCAGUCCUUAUCCCUUUAUCCCUGUGGUGGAGUGAAGAGCUCUCAAAUGUUACAACAGAUAAGACUUUAGAAUAAAAGAAGCUAACACACAUUCUGCCUCGCACAAGGACAUAACAAAGAUGGUUACUCUUCAGGGACAGACCUGAUUUUGAACUGGAAGUAUGGAGUAUUGGUGGAAGUUGUUGAAUUUUAUAACUUUCUGGGCUCUGACUCAAGGGCAAUUGUGCUAUUGUUUGGUACGGCACCAGCUGCUAGUUUUAUGGAUUAUGCCAGUCAGUAAAGAACCAGGAAGAGACAACAUUACAGCAGAAGUUUUACCUGCUGUUCAACUGGCACUGCAGCAUUUGAGUGAGCAGCCACCUCCUUUAGGCAACUAUGAGCUUCAGUUUCAUCUCACAGACUCUGAGUGUAAUAAUGCCAAAGUACUCAAAGCGUUCUUUGAUGCCACAUUCUAUGGCCCCAAACCUCUCAUGAUCUUUGGAGGGGUGUGUCCAUCAGUCACAUCUCUCAUAGCCCAGUCAUUGGAGGCCUGGAACCUUGUGCAGCUGUCGUUUGCAGUAACAGCACCUUCACUGGCAAACAAAAGACGGUUUCCAAACUUCUUCCGUGUGGUUCCAUCAGACAGCGCAGUCAACUUGGCACUGGUGAGGUUUCUCAGGCACUACGGAUGGAACAGAGUUGGUACUUUGACACAAAAUGAGCAGAAGUUUACAGAGGUACAAAGGGACUUGAGCAGACAUCUGGAGGUGGCUGACAUCCAGCUGGUGGCAGCAGAGAGCUUCUCUGUAGACCCAUGUAAUAGUAUACAACAACUAAAGGAAAGUGAUGUGAGAAUAGUGAUCACUCAUUUUGAUGUGAGCAUGGCUGCUGAAGUCCUAUGCUGUGUGUAUAAUCUCAGCAUGUAUGGUCAGAAGUAUCAGUGGAUCCUACCGGACUGGACUCAUGGCAACUGGUGGAUUACCGGCCUCAAAAACUGUACUGCUACUAACAUACAGACUGUUUUGGAGCGGUCCAUCAGUGCUGAUUUUGAGACCCUUAGCUCCAGCCACAUCAGAGGGAUUUCUGGUAAGACACCUCAGGAGUAUGAGAUGGACUACAAUAAACAGCAAUUGAAACGUCUGGGUGCAAGCAAAUUUCAUGGCUUUGCAUAUGAUGGUACAUGGGUGAUUGCCAAAGUUUUGACAAGAGUCAUGGAGACCGUGAGGUACAGAGAAAGAUAUAGCAUCCAUCGCAACUUUACUGUCACUGACCAAGAAAUGAGUCAGAUGAUUCUGGAGGCCAUUGACAAGAUCAACUUCUUUGGUGUCACAGGACAGGUUAUGUUUCAGAAAGGUGAGAGAGUGGCCAAUGUGCAGUUUGCGCAGUAUCAAGAUGGAAAGGCUGUAAAGAUUGGAAAAUAUAAAGCCAUUACAGGUGAACUGGAGUUCAUCAGUCCAGUCCAAUUCCAUGGGGCUGAACCCACAAAGGACCGAACUUAUGUGUACCAUCAAAGAAAACACAUCAGUAUAUUUCUGUACAGUAUCAUAACAUCUCUAUCUAUCUUAGGUGUUCUUACAGCUUGUUGCCUCUUAUUCUUCAAUGUGAAAAACCGCAAUCAUUGGUCUGUUAGCAUGUCCAGUCCUGUCUUAACUUCUGUGAUUAUCCUUGGUUCAGUUUUCUCUUAUUUCUGCAUCUUCUUUUUGGGGCUGGAUGGUUCUUAUAUUUCUGAUGGAGCGUUUGAAGCUUCUUGCUCUGUCCAAAUAUGGCUUCUAUCUAUUGGAUAUACAGCAGCUUUUGGAACCAUGUUUGCAAAAACAUUGAGAAUUCAUGCUGUCUUCAGAAAUAACAGAAUAGAAAAAAGGAUUACAAAGGACUAUGGGUUGACUCUGCUAGUUAUGUUCCUGCUGUUAGACAUGAGUUUGUUAAUUUGUAUGCAAAUUUUGGAUCCAUUAAGGAGAACAGUGAAGGAGUAUCUUAUACAGCCUGACCCCCAAGGGCGAGAUUUUUCCAUACAGCCCUUUUCAGAGCACUGUGAAAAUGCAUACAUGGGUUUCUGGUUGGCUGCAUUUUAUGCUUAUAAAGGGAUACUCCUGCUGAGUACCUGUUUCCUAUCCUGGACAACACGUCAUGCAAAGGUUCCUGCUGUAAGUGACAGCAGGGGCAUCCGAAUCAGUGUGUUUGUGUCGGGUCCAAUGAUUCUUACUGGUAUAUGUGCGUCCAUGCUGUUCCAGCAUCAACCAAAUGUGAAAUUCUGCAUUGUUGCCCUUGUGAUUAUCACAUGUUGCUCCAGCACUCUGUGCCUGGUGUUCGUGCCAAAGAUUAUCAUCAUAAGGAUGGGUCCUGCAUCCUUGUCAAGAAGAUUUCAUCUCACCCAGUGGCACAGUGAGAUUGAACAGAUCAAUCAACCGCAUUGUAAAGAAAAGGAAGCUACGAAGAACUCAGGAACAUUUGACUGUGCAACUGAUAUCAAGCAAAACAUCUCAAGCACCAUUGACAUUCUACUGUCAGACAACCUACAGCUCCAACAACACAUGAAUAAAUUGGAUUCUGAAUUGGAGUAUUUGACCAGGCAACUGAAUGAAUUAAGUCCUCACCAUCUAGCGGAUCUCAUCUUCAUAAGUUCUGUGCACAAUGCAGGCAAGAACAAAUGUCAAACUCUGCCUGAAAGAUCCAACUGCAACAGGAACGGACUGGAGGACAUCAACUCUCCUGAACACAUUCAGCGCAGACUGUCUCUCCAGCUGCCCAUUCUUCAUCAUGCCUACUUACCCUACAUUGGAGGAGUGAACUCCAGUCCUUUCAAUAGCUCCUUUGAUAUCCCUCAGCAUACAUUAAUGCCCAAAACAUGUGGACUGUUGGUGCCAGGACCAUGAGUUUCUCAUGCUGUUUAUACAGAAACACAUAUAGACAUUUUUAUAGUUCUCAAAGAAGUGCUUAGACAUGUGGAUGGAAAAACAAAUGUAUUGCAUCCAAUGUUAAAGAGCUGUCAAAAUCUCACUUAUAGAUAUAAGUAUAUACUCAGGCACAUUGGAUGUCGAAGGAUAGUGGCCUUUUUUAUUUGCGUGUGUAAUUGUAUCAUCUAACAAACAUCUAGCGGGUAGCAAACCUCAGCAUCUGCCCAUGUUGUUUCAUUACAAAAUGCUAGCAAAUGCAUAUUGUGGUGUACAAAGAGGCAAAUGUAUCUAUCUAUUCAAAAGGGAAAUACUUAUAAAAGUAGGCUACUUUACAAUAUUUGAAUAUAGGAAUAAUAGUUGAAGUCUAAACAUUUUUUGGACAUUUACUUUAUAUCUGUUUUAUCUCUGAUUUAGUUUUGCCUUUAUGUUCUGAAUGAAGCUUUAUCCACUGGUUCAUGACUGUAUCUCUUACAUCAAAUAAAUGUUAGAAUCAGA